AGAAGGUUCGUUUCACCGCGCUCUCUGUUGUUCUUAUGUCGGGAUGCUACCUUAAUAUAAACUGUUGGAAAUUUUUAUUUUGAGAGAAAAAUAGUUUUUUUUAAUCAGGUCAGUAAACCUGUAAUAUUCUCCUUCUCACAGUCGAGUUUUGAAUCAAGCAGGAAUAUCUGGAGGAAUAUCAUCUGAACUUAGAUCUGCUGCUGUGAAGAUGAUGUUUGUUAAAGAGGAGAGUGAAGAGAGCAUGAGAGAACCAGAAACCUGGAGAAUAAAACAAAAGGAAUCAGAAACCCGGAGAAUAAAACAAGAGGAAUCAGAAACACUGAUAAUAAAACACGAGGAACCAGAAACACUGAUAAUAAAACACAAGGAACCAGAAACCUGGAGAAUAAAACAAGAAGAACCAGAAACCUGGAGAAUAAAACAAGAGGAACCAGAAACCCGGAGAAUUAAACAAGAGGAACCAGAAACCCGGAGAAUAAAACAAGAGGAACCAGAAACCUGGAGAAUAAAACAAGAGGAACCAGAAACACUGAUAAUAAAACACAAGGAACCAGAAACCCGGAGAAUAAAACAAGAGAAACCAGAAACACUGAUAAUAAAACAAGAGGAACCAGAAACGCGGAGAAUAAAACAAGAGGAACCAGAAACCCGGAGAAUAAAACAAGAGGAACCAGAAACCCGGAGAAUAAAACAAGAGGAACCAGAAACCCGAAGAAUAAAACAAGAGGAACCAGAAACCCUGAGAAUAGAGCACGAGGAACAAGGAGAGUUCAUUGAAGAAAAAGAGGAGAAUGAAGAAUCAAGUGAAGUUGAGGAGAAAAAUCAUGUCAAAACUGAAGGAAAAACUUUGAGUUUGUCUCAAACCAAACAGAAAGAUUUAAAGAACAAAAGAGCCGAGAAGUAUUUGAACUGCAGUCAGUGUGGAAAGAGAUUUACAAACAAAACAGGUUUUGAGUGUCACAUGAGAUUUCAAACCGUAGACAAACCAUUUACUUGUGAUCAGUGCGGGAAGAGUUUAAAACUGCACCAGAAGAUCCACACUGGAGAAAAACCUUAUAAGUGUUCACACUGUGACAAGAGAUUCAGUCAUUCAUUAAGUCUGAAAAUACAUGAGAGGAUCCACACUGGAGAGAAACCUUAUAAGUGUUCACACUGUGACAAAAGAUUCGGUCAUUCAUCAAGUAUGAAAACACAUGAGAGGAUUCACACUGGAGAGAAACCUUACAAGUGUGGACACUGUGACAAGAGUUUUAUUCAGUUGCCAGGUCUGAAAAUACAUGAGAGGAUCCACACUGGAGAGAAACCUUAUAAGUGUUCACACUGUGACAAGAGUUUUAGUCAGUUGCCAAGUCUGAAAGCACAUGAGAGGAUCCACACUGGAGAGAAACCUUACAAGUGUUCACACUGUGACAAGAGAUUCAGUCAUUCAACAAGUCUGAAAACACAUGAGAGGUUUCACACUGGAGAGAAACCUUACAAGUGUUCACACUGUGACAAGAGAUACAGUCAUUCAACACAUCUGAAAAUACAUGAGAGGAUCCACACUGGAGAGAAACCUUACAAGUGUUCACACUGUGACAAGAGAUUCAGUCAUUCAACACAUCUGAAAAUACAUGAGAGGAUCCACACUGGAGAGAAACCUUACAAGUGUUCACACUGUGACAAGAGAUUCAAUGAUUCAACACAUCUGAAAAUACAUGAGAGGAUCCACACUGGAGAGAAACCUUAUGCUGUUUUAUAACAAAGUUCGGGAGGAACAGUCGCAGUUCAUUAACCUGAUUAACACAAGUGGAGACCAAUCAGUAAUCAACUCAUGACAAGGUAUAAAUAACAGCAGAACCUACCUCUGUUCAUUGACAGUUUUCAGCAUCCCUCCUCCACCCCAUUUCUCCUCACUUAUAGAUCCAUCUACUCUUACCACAAUCUGGGGGGGGGGGGUACUCUGGGUUCGGGCCACAUACCGAGCUCUGAGCCCUCCACCCGGACAGCACGCCAAAUACGCAUAAACUUAGGGUAUUAAUAUACGUAGAUGUGAACUCGUGAAAUAAGUAUUAACACUGUGACAAGAGAUUCAGUGAUUCAACACAUCUGAAAACACAUGAGAGGAUUCACACUGGAGAGAAACCUUAUAAGUGUGCACACUGUGACAAGAGAUUCAGUGAUUCAUUAAGUCAGAAAACAGAUGAGAAGCUUGCGCGAAUUUGUAACACCUACAGAUAAGGACAUGUAAAUGAGUUUUUUGCAAUGAGGACGCUUACACACACAUCUGUAAAAGUGCCUGACAGGCAAGACAUUACGCUAAUUCAUCAGCUUUAAGCUUAUAUUUUGGGCAGCUCGGAUCACAUACAUUUCCUGCAGGAGUUCAUUCUGUUUCCUCCAAUAUUUGUAGAUGCAUUUUGUCCAUAGAAAUGCAUUAUUCGGUUCUGUAAUUUGACGUGACAGAGUGAAGUUGGGCUAAUCGAUAAUGAGAAUCGUUGUUGAGGAUUUUCAUUGUCGAUAAUAAUCAAUUUUAUCGAUUAGUUGUUGCAGCCCUAAAUUAAACCACAUCUUCUUUCUUUGCGUGAACAUUUCUGAGCAUUACACAAAUAUUUCCACAUAGUGACGUAGGCAUUUAAAUGAGGUAUUUUAUGGGGGCGUGGUAGACUCUUAACUUUAACAAAGAAUAUCUCUUUGGAUUUGAGACUUUAGUCUUGCAACUUUACAGAUCUUCUUUAUUCACCACGAGCUUGUAACACUCCAUAGAGAAAGGAAAAAUUAAUAACCUAAAAACCUAAUGGAGACAUCUGCUAACAUAUGGACUUUGCAUUGACUAGGAUCACAGACAGAAGGUCUCUUUACUCUCUAACUCGUGUUAUAUUUUAUUCUGUUUCUCUAUACACAAGACCAUUGCACUAGUCACACUGAGAUAUGUCAACAGAUACACAAUGAACAUUGUUUUUAUAUAAUCAUUCUGUGUGAACUGAGAGGAAAUUAUGGGUAAAUGAAGGAAAUUGUGAAGAAGGAACAGCCGCAAAGGAAGGGGAAAAGUUUUCCCCCAACUUCACUCAGUGGGCUUUGAAAACAUGUCUUUGUUAGGGUUAGGGUCUCGGGAAAACUAUGUUUCUGAGGUUCUUUCAGCCUUGCAGUGUUACUUAUAUGAUAUUCAUUUAAAAAAAUGCAGCAUUUCUAAGAAUUGUGACAUCAAUUAGGAUCUUUCUACAACAUGGUGGGAAAGCAAGAAACACCUCUACAUCCUUUGUCUCACUGUCUCACAAACUAGCGCUGACUGCAUUCAACAACAAAGAAAACUGAUGGAGUUGAAAAACAGAUUUUUUAUCUCAAUUAAAAAAAAAAGAAUAACCACCAACCUGUUUGUUCUUCAGUGCGUUUGAUACUGCAGGGUUCCAGAUCUCUCAUCUUCUCUCUGUCCACUCAGUCUUUACAGAUUUCAACUCUUCCUGAUGAUUUUAAUCCUCAAAAGCAGCUUUUCAGAAACAAUUUUAAAAUAGGGAUGGGCGUUUUCCACAAAUAUCACAUUCGAAUAUUUGAGCUCACAAAAAAUUUAUAUUCGAAUAUUUGUUUAUCUAAAUUAAGUUUAAUGAGACAGACAUUAUUUUUCAGUAACAUUUGUUUCCGUCAUUUUUUAACAAGCUUAUACACAAUAAGCUUAAACAUUAUGCUACGUCGUGUUUUGUAGCUAAAAACAAUGUGCAAACAAACAAAAAAGAAAAAAAAAAGUGAACAAAGAAAAAAUUUAAAUAAAGCAGCCUGCAGCAAUUAGGCUACAGAACGUAGCCUACAUGCAACUUUGAACCUUUCAAACUGUCAGCAAAUCUUUUUUUCUUUUUUUUUUCUAUUGUUUUAUAUGUUCUUGUUAAGGAACACAAGUAUAGCCACGUUUCCACCGCAGGAACUUCACCCAGGAACUAGGGACUUUGGUCUGGUACUCGGUGUGUUUCCACCGCAGGAACCAGGAACUAAAUAAAGUUCCAGGUAAAAAAAAAAAUGCCCCUCAGAAAGUCCCUGCUGGCGAGGUGAUACUUUUUCAAAGUUCCGGAACUUUCCGAGGCGGGACUUGGGCGCUAAUCAUCCUGAUUGGUUGAGUUCACACAGCAUUGGUUGAGUUCAACCACCAUUUAUUCGGAUAAUUUUCAAAAUAUUACUGUUAUUGUGGUUAUAGGUUAUAGGUUUAUUUUAUAAAGACAGUGCCUAUUUAAAAAUGUGUUUCGCCGAUCUCGGAGACGGUCAGCUCCACGCGAUCAGCGGGACCUCAGUCCUCAUGUAUCCG